AUGCUGUUGAUCAUUCGGAUAGGUGACCUGCACGAUUUGUACGGUACGAGGUUUCGUGAUGAUACUUGGGGGACCAAAUUAAAAAGAACAAGAAAUAUCGUAUCGAAUGUCGAAAUAUUACUACCGAAUCCGAUCUGUCUGACUCAACUCCGCCUCUUUCCUUCAAGUUUAAUUGCAGAGGAAUAA